CAUAUGUAGAUAUAUAUACCCUAUCACAAAGAGAAACACCACUAGUUCUCUUUUGUCAGCAAACACAGACACUUUGUGGUAGCUAUUUGAAGUCUGAGUGGCUACCAUGAUUUGGAUAGCGAUUCUUUUGCUUUCUCUUGCUUGUCUGUGGCUGUGGAGAAGGAACAGCAAGGGAAAGAAAUUACCACCGGGUCCACGAGGGUUGCCAAUUUUGGGUAGCCUUCACAAGUUGGGACCAAAUCCCCAUCGUGAUCUGCACCAACUAGCCAAAGAAUAUGGAUCUGUCAUGUACUUGCGGUUAGGUGUUGUGCCCACUAUCGUUGUUUCUUCACCCCAAGCUGCUGAGCUCUUCCUCAAGACCCAUGACCUUGUUUUUGCUAGUAGACCACCUCAUGAAGCUGCAAGAUACAUCUCUUGGGAGCAGAGGAACUUAAGCUUUGGUGAAUAUGGUUCUUACUGGCGCAACAUGCGGAAGAUGUGCACGUUGGAAUUGCUAAGCCAAACCAAGAUUAACUCCUUCAGAAGCAUGAGGGAAGAGGAGCUUGACCUAUUGAUCAAGGAUCUGAGAGAGGCAGCCAAAGAUGGAGCUGCUGUUAAUCUCAGCGCUAAAGUCUCAACACUCAGCGCAAACAUGGCUUGUAGAAUGGUCUUAGGGAAAAAGUACAUGGACAAGGACUUGGAUGAGAAAGGGUUCAAGGCUGUGAUGCAAGAGGGAAUGCAUUUAUCAGCAACUCCUAACAUGGGAGAUUACAUCCCUUACAUCGGUGCACUUGACCUACAAGGCUUAAAGAAGCGCAUGAAAGUAGUUGGCAAAAUCUUCGAUGACUUCUUUGAGAAAAUCAUUGACGAGCACAUGCAAUCACAGAAGGGAGAAGACAAGACAAAGGAUUUUGUUGAUGUCAUGUUGGGAUUCGUGGGUACUGAAGAAUCCGAAUACCGAAUUGAGAGGCCCAAUAUCAAAGCCAUAUUGUUGGAUAUGUUGGCUGGCUCGAUGGAUACUUCUGCUACAGCAAUAGAGUGGACACUUUCAGAGCUGCUAAAGAAUCCAAGGGUGAUGAAGAAAGUUCAAAUGGAAUUGGAAAGCAUGGUGGGUAUGGAGAGGAAGGUGAAAGAAUCAGACUUAGAGAAGUUAGAGUAUUUGGACAUGGUUGUAAAGGAAAGCCUGAGACUGCAUCCGGUGGCACCUUUGCUGAUACCACACCAGUCCAUAGAAGACUGCAUGGUUGGAGAUUAUUUCAUUCCUAAAAAAUCAAGGGUUAUAGUGAAUGCAUGGGCUAUUAUGAGAGACCCAAGUGCUUGGGAUGAACCAGAGAAAUUCUGGCCAGAGAGAUUUGAAGGAAGGAACAUAGAUGUUAGAGGGCGUGAGUUUGAGCUGAUACCAUUUGGGUCUGGCAGAAGAGGGUGUCCAGGAAUACAGUUGGGUCUAACUGUGAUUCGUCAUACAGUCGCACAAGUCGUCCAUUGUUUUGAUUGGAAGCUUCCAAAUAACAUGUUACCAUCUGAGUUGGAUAUGGCAGAUGAGUUUGGCCUCACAAUGCCAAGAGCUAAUCCUCUGCGGGCCGUUCCUUCUUACAGGCUUUCCACUGAAAUAGACUAUUGAAAUCGAUUCCAUAGUAAUGUAUAAUUAGCUCAACUUCAAUAAUAGAAUAUCGAAUAGAAACAAUUAUAAUUUCUACUGCAAAAUAACAAAGAAAUAUACAAGAGUAUCGAUCAUAAAUAAAUAAACAAUGUCAUUGUCAUGUUUGUAGAAUAAAUAACUAUGUUGGUUGAUAUAUAAUUAUUUGUGGGGUUUGGCGGUCGAUUAUGUAUGUAAAAAAAUUAAAUUAGUCAAAGUUUAGUAUGUCCGGUUUAU